AACAAAAUGAUGAAAAUUAUCUUAGUCAUCUCUGCGCUGGUCGCCAUCGCCGCGGCCAAGCCGACACUUUUAAGCGCACCAUUGGUGGCGGCACCUGCAGUGGUAACCGCAACAAGCUCUCAGUACUACCAUCGCAUCAACAACGGAUUAGCUGCAUACGUUGCUGCCCCUGCCGCUUAUGUCGCACCGGCGGUCGCUUCAGCUGCCUAUGUCGCUCCAUCUGCCCCUUUGGUAGCUUCGGCCCCCUAUCUCGCUGCCCCUGCCGGCUAUGUUGCCGUUUAAUACCAGACCGCAAAAUCCUGUUUAAGUGACAACCUGAAUAAAAUGUUUCUUACCGAUUGAUAUA